UUCGCCUUGGGCUUGAGGCGCGCCAUUGGUGAUCGGCGGGCGCUCUGCGAGGAUGUUCUCCGUGGUGCCAGGCUACUCGCCGGGGUUCAAGAGGCCUCCGGAGACGCUGCGCCUGAAGAGGAAGAGGCCGCGGAGGGGAAGCAGCAGCAGCCACGGGGCGCCGGCGGGGAGUGAGGAGGCGAGCGGCCUCUCCCCAGAAGGCUCCCCGCGGCCUUUUCCCGGGAGCGGAAGAGGCCGGCCCAGGAACCCCUUCCUCAACCUGGGCAACACCCCGCGGCCUCCGCAGGCCGGGAAGAGGGUGCCCGCAGCGGGAGGAAAGUUUCUAUAUGGCCUUGAUGAGGACAGGUCUGCUCAGAAAGAGAACUAUUCUGAAGCUGCUGCUGCUGCUGUUGACACAUUCAUCAGUGACACCCCAUCUCUGGCCCCUUCCAAUACCGGCGUUCCUUCUUUCCCAAGUUUCGAAUUCCCUGCGGAUUGGAGCAUUAAAACCCGUCUUUUAUUUACAUCUUCUCGGUCGUUUGCAUGGGCAGAUCACAUAAAAGCUCAAGAAGAAUCUCAAGGAUGUGUCCAACAUUGUAGAUCAACAUUUAUAAACCUUCCUCAAAGUAUUCAGGAACCCAAACUCUCUACAAACCUCCGAUGUGCUUUCCAGCAAAGUCUUGUGUAUUGGCUCCAUCCUUUCCUGCCAUGGCUGCACCUAUUUCCUCGUAUUGGAGCAGAUAAAAAAAUGGCCGGAAAAAAUAAUCCUUGGUCCUAUGAUGAAGGCCUCCAACAAAUUCUCAUGAGUGAAUGGUCUCUCAGUUUUACCUCUCUCUAUAAUCUGUUGAGAGCCAAGCUGUGUCCCUAUUUCUAUGUUUGUACUUACCAGUUUACAGUGCUCUUCCGGGCAGCAGGGCUUGGUGGGAGUGACGUGAUCACGGCAUUAAUUUCUCCUACAACCAGAGGCUUAAGGGAAGCCAUGAAAAGUGAAGGCAUUGAAUUUUAUAUGCCAUUCCAAGAAAUCAGAAAAGGAAAAUCAAAUGCUUCAUCAUCCCAUCUGGAAUCAGGAUUUGCUAAUGAUUCUGAAGGAACGGGCAAGGAUGCUGAGAAUGAAGAGGAGCAACAGCUUGGUUGUGAUAAUGAUGAAGAUGAUGACGAUGAUGACGAAGGAUUUUUAUGGUUAGAAGAGAUGGGAGUUCAAGACAAAAUUAAAAAGCCUAAUAAUAUUUCUAUCCAACUCAAUAAAGAGAGACAUGAAGUACAGCUGGAUCACAAGCCUGAGUCUGUGGUGUUAGUGAAAGGAACCAACACAUUUACCUUGCUGAACUUUUUAAUGAACUGUAAGAGUUUGGUGGCUUCUGCCGGUCCUCAGGCUGGUCUCCCUCCAACUCUGCUUUCCCCAGUUGCUUUCAGAGGGGCGACAAUGCAGAUGCUCAAGGCUCGAAGCAUAAGUAUAAAAGCACAAGUGAAUUCACAUUACAAAGAUGCAUUUAGUUUGGAGAUUGUGGGUCCUAUCAUGCCUCAUUCGCUACAUUCGUUGUGCAUGUUGCUGCAGUCUGCUCAGAAUGGAUCUUUCUCUGCUGUGUGUUAUUCGCAUGAGCCGACAGCAGUAUUCAACGUGGGCAUUAGCAAUGACAAGAACAUAAAGGAAUCCCCUGGCAAAGACCUUUGCAACUGCGGAAUACACCCAAACACUUUGAGUCAACUUGCUCUUUCUCCAAUGUUAGGAAAGUCUUCUAUCAGGACCCUUGAAGUCAGUGAUUACACCUACACAUGGAAAGUCUAAUUGGUUAAUGAACUAUUGCUGUUUACUGUUUCUUGAAAUACUUUCUGCUGCUGUUUCCAUAACGUUUGGUGAUGGAAAACUUGAAAAACUAUACCACUGGUGAACUUUCUGUAACCUGACUUGAAGCUGUUUUGUAUACUCUAUGCAGUUCUUGCUUUUAAAGAUUUUAACAUUUGAAUCAUAUUUUAAAUUAAACUUUGUAUUAUAAACAAAUCUUGUAUAUUUUCAUGAUGGGAAAGGUUCUAAAACAAGUAUUUCAAAUUAUAGAAUGCUCAAAUGCUGAGUAAGGAAGAAAACUUACUAUUUUUGAGCCCUUAUGCAGAAUAGUCUGGGAGACCCAGUCUGAAGACUCCCAGUUGCAGUAGUCCUUUUAGCACAUACCCAUUGGCACUUUCCUUAAAAAUACUGCCUAAAACAUGUAUUCAGUGAUGUUCAACAUUUGGGUGGUAGACUGCCAAAGAAUUCCAGCUGCUGUGGCCUGUAUUUCUGAGGAGGGCAAUGCUAAACCACACCUGAGUAUUCAUUGCCUCGGAAGACACUACAAAAUUUAAUGAAAGGAAGAUUGCUACAUGUUAGUGCUUUAAAAGAGAGGCUUUGUGCUUACAGUUCUAUAUCCCAUAUUAAAAAUAUUUUAGGUUUUUUUUAGUAUAUACUGUAUUCAAUGUCGUGCAACUUUAUUCAAAUCACAGCUCUCAAUACCAAACAGCACUCAGCUCUCAAUGCCAAACAAGACUCGUUUAAAAGCUGUACCAAACAUAUUCAUUGCAACAAUGUCAUAUUUUUAUAAACGUUACUGGAUACACUAAAUUUGUCAGUCAGGAAUUCGUUAAGGCAAAUUUUGACUUGUCUUGCUAUCAUUUUCCACCGCCUAUUCAUUGCUGCAACAAGGGCAUCAUUAGAAGAUACUGUACCCGUGAAGACCUGCAGGCAAAACAAAAUAGAGCCAAAAGACGUCAUUUGGAAGUUACCUUGUCCACCAGCAGAAAUAGUUUUCAAAUAAGGAAAUAACACUUUGGAUAGAGACUAGGGUUUAGGAAUCUUAAAUGUAUAUUUAAUGCAAGCAAUCUAGAAUAAAUUUCUUCAUAUAUAUGAGUCAAUGGUGCGAAAAUACUAAAAGAGACAAUAUCAAAUGACUUAACAGAGGUACACAAUUAAUGGGUUGUCUGCACACUAUACAUUUCUCUUCCAACCAAGUUUAUUAAGCAGCAAUAUUAAACAGUGAAAAAAUAUGGAGUUAAGAUGCAAGCAGAAUCUGCCAACUAUAACUAUUGACUAUACUUAAACCCUGAGAUAUUCUCUCUGAUACCCUAUAAUUAAAAGAAUUAGGGACAUCUCAUUCAAUCAAGUGCUGGAAAGAGCAUCUAAAUUCAGUUUCCCAUGAUCUUCAGUGGUGACUUAUUUCAAUAGUAAAGAUAACUUCUAGCAUUGUAAAGAAUUCAGUAAACAUCUGUUUAUAACGGGAAACCUCUCUUGCAGGUAAUCAGAAUGUUAAUUGUUAAUUGGUCGGUAAAUAAGAAGAAACUUGUGCUGCUUUGACAAGCCUGUAUACAAUAUUAGCAUCAUUCUACAUCCCCAUCCAGUUAUAUCUAAACAUUUGUUUACUACAAAUGUAUACAAUCAACAUCAAGCAUUAUGUCUGAGACAGAAAAUACAAUGUCAUGUUCCUUGUACCAAAACAUGCAAACGCUUUUAUGUUUCAAUUUUUAUCAGUGUUGUUCUAUAUGGUUGCUUCUUAUUUAAAUGUAGAUCCUCCCCCCAAACCAGAUAUUGAAUAUUGACAUAGGGAAAGAGUAAUUGCAGUAUCCCUCAGUAAAUGUAUUAUUUUUGAUUUGCAGAUAAAAUAGGACUUGACAGUAGCCUUAGCUGCCAGCUGUUGUAGGCUCAAGACUACACAAUUUUGCUGAUUUUAACAAAUGUUACCAAAACUUAUGGGAACUGCAUCAUGGUACAAAAUCGUAACAAUUUACAUGUCAUACUGAAAGGUGAAAACUACGCUUUAAAACAAGUUAUGGAUAUUUCCAGAGUCAUGUUUUGAUUUUUAGUAAUUUAAGAAAUAAUGACAUCACUAGCAAUAAUAUACAUACCCAAACUAAUAAAUGAUUUAAAUAAAUUUCCCAUGUACAAAAAGAAAGCCUGGAGGUGUCUGUACAGUUUUUACAGUAACCUGCUAAUGUAUUUACAAAAUCAUAUGAGGGAAAAUACCCCUCUUCUGCAGAUUAAAAACUUCUGAAAUGUCCAUAUAAAAACAAUGGUCUAGUUGUGAGAGGCACUCCUGAAGCUGGUGGCAUUAGCCAAGAGGUCCUUUGGUACGAGUCCCAAGGCCUGGAGAGCCACAGUUGCAGCCACAGCUUUUGCAUGCUUCUUGUUGGGACUCACAAACGUCGGCUUAUGCUCAACUCCAUUGACCAUCACCUG